GCAUUUUAGGAACGCCACCGGCCGCGUGCGGUGCCGAGUGCAGACGGGGUGGGGCGCACCGGGCUCAAAAGCCGCCAUGCCGGCGCCACCGAGGGCGGAAGCUGUCCAGAUCGCGUGAUUUCGCAUCCCGUUGGCGAGGGCGACACACGCUGACCUUACCAGGCGGCCUGCACCUCCGUCUUGAGGCGAAGCGCAGGAGCGUAGGAGUCUGCCAUGGCCGGCGAGAAUAAGGUCUUUGGGUUCGAGGAAGUCGCCAAGCACAACGUCACCAAGGACUGCUGGAUUAUCAUCGCCGGCAAGGUGUAUGAUGUCACUCCAUUUAUGGAUGAGCAUCCUGGCGGAGAUGAGGUUUUGCUAGCUGUAACUGGGAAAGAUGCUACUGCUGAUUUUGAAGAUAUUGGCCAUAGUGAUUCCGCAAGGGACAUGAUGGAGAAGUACCACAUCGGGCAGAUAGAUGCUUCGACAAUCCCAGCAAAGCGUACUUACGUCCACCCCCAGCAAGCGCCCAGCCAUGCAGACAAGGAUAAUGACCUCCUCAUCAAGAUCCUGCAGUUCCUUGUGCCCAUUAUGAUCCUGGGCCUUGCAUUUGGUAUACGGCAGUACACCAAAUCAGAGUAGUAUACUAUUCUUAGAGGCUUGCCUUUGGAGUCUGUUCUAUGGUCAUGGUUGGGAUGAAAACAGUUCAAUAAUUGCUUAUAGUGUAUUUGUCAGGUGGAUGUUAUCUCAUUGGUCAUAUGCUACUCUGUAUUAUGAACAUCCAUGUGUUGCCGAAAUGUGCUCUUUUCCCCAUGACCCCAUGAACUGAGGCAUAUAAGAUGGUUUCUGACUCUUCAUGAUAGUUGAUAUCAGAUUAUUACAA